AUGUCAAUCAGCGGACCGUGUGUCUGGUUGUCCUCGUUGUCGCCACCUUCCACUUCUCAUUUGCCCGCCAUAACAAAUCAUUGGUCGACAGCUUCCUGGAACAGUGAGCAAGCAUCGUCAAGACCGAGGGCCCUGCCGUCCAGGCUGCCCGGGUCGUGGGAAAAGGAAGGCGAGCCAACCAAGCCAUCUACUACCGGUAUGCAACCACUUGUGCUCAAGGCUGAAAAUGCCUUCACAGCUGCGGCUCCGCCGAAUAUAUCGAGCCCGGUACAGCGCUCUACAGGGCCCGCGUCUGUCGACAAUCGUGAGAAUCGACACACAGAGACGAAUGGCGAUGCUUCCCGUGUGAAGUUGGAGAAGCACGGUCACGACGAACUUCAGCUUCCAAGGCCCCAAGAGACAGCCAGUCCUCGGGUUACAACCCAAACGACGCCGGAGAAAAAGGAAAGGGAAGCUACAGUGCAGCAUGAAAAGGAGAAGGAUGAUGGUGACGCCGACAUGCUCUCCUCGGAUGAUGGAGCAGGAUCGUCAAUAGGCGGUGACAAGAAACAGUCCUCAGAUUCUAAAAGUGAGAAGAAAAAGAUGAAGCGUUUUCGACUUACUCACAACCAAACUCGAUUCCUGAUGAGUGAAUUCACACGUCAGGCACAUCCCGAUGCCGCCCACCGAGAGCGACUGUCGAAAGAGAUCCCCGGUCUGACGCCACGGCAGGUCCAGGUUUGGUUCCAGAAUAGACGAGCCAAACUCAAGCGGCUUACCAGCAACGACCGAGAGCGUAUCCUGAAAUCUCGAGCGCUACCCGACGAUUUCGAUACCACUCAAGUGCUACGCACUCCUUUCGACCAUAAAACACCAGCAGAGGCACCAGUUGCGUCUCCCCGGACCCUUCUGACACGUAAUCCUGCUUCUAACUCCUUCAAGAUGUUACUCACAGAUGGCCUGCCCCGACUCAAUGAUGAUGACUAUGUUAUAUCCCCUUUGAGUUCAGCUUCAACAACAAACGGUUUCUCAGCGGCUGCAGACAGGCAUUUUGAAAGCUAUGCUCAGCCUGGAGUCAUGCCCGGGAGGGGAGGGCCUGCACUGUCAGACCUACACCGACAUAACCGCAGUGCUUUCCCAUUUCCCAGAUCGAGCAGCUUCUCGGAGUCCUCCUUCAAUAGCGGGCUCAAUUUCCCAGGGCGCUUUUCGAGGCCUGGAGUGGAGCCAUUGAGCCAUCCCAGCAUGGCGUAUGGUCGCCGUCCAGUUGACUAUGCAUUGGGUCGGCCAGCUAACGGCAUGGUCGUUGGAUACGAUCAUCAGCGGGCGCUAGAGGGCUCCGUGUCACCCACGGGUCCACCCGAUCAGUCAAUCCACUACAACGUGGAUAGUCACCACCAGCAAAUACCUAACUAUCAUUCUUCCUUGGCCAUGCCAGCUCCUAAGGGAUAUGGUGGCAUGGAAAUAAACUCUCAUUUACAGCAACAUGGACGGCAGAUGCCUGCUCUACAAUCCGUGCCAGUCUCAGAUGCGCCUGACUACCGAUCCUACUCAUACGACCAUCAUCCAUACGGCAUCAGCCACACAAUGCCAUACUCGCAAGCCAAUGCUUCCAGCAUGAGCCUUCCCGCCUCAUUUCCUUCCGAUACCACUCCGGGAGCCGUUACGACCUCCGCCGAAGACCGAAUGAACCAUCCUCCACAGCUAAUAGACCCAGCCAGGGCCAAGUUUGGCGGCCAAACUUUCGAAUACGCGAAUUACCUAUAA